UCCUACAGGCUUGUCUCGUGGACGGAGAAACCGAGGCUCCAGUUAGGAGGAGGCCUGAGGGGUUCAUGCUGAGGGGGACACGAAACUGGGCCCCCUUUCCCGCUGCGCCAAGCAGGGCCUGAGAGGCAGCUGGAGGGCAGCUGUAAGGAGAGCCGGUAACCAGACCAGGCCAGCUCGGGGCCCGGCUGCCCCACGGUCACUCGAUCUCCCUGGGGACACCAGCAGCACAGUUGGAACCCUGGGACAGUGGGCCUGCCAGGAGCACCCCGCUGUAGAGGAGGAGCAGCGGAUCACAGUCAGCAGAAGGUCCUGUGUCCCCCGCGGAGUCCAGAGAAGCUGGGAGAGUGGCAUCUGGGCCUGGGGUCAAAGGUGUCAUCUGUGGUCAUCUGGUCCUCACCAUGUGGACCCCUCGAGUGCCCCCUCCACUUCCGGCCCUGCUGUUCCUCCUGAUGUUGCUCCUGGGGGUCACCCAUGGCCUCUUCCCAGAGGAACCACCUCCACUCAGUGUGGCUCCCAGGGACUACCUGAGCCACUACCCCGUGUUCGUGGGCAGCGGGCCUGGUCGCCUGACCCCUGCGGAGGGCGCUGAGGACCUCAACAUCCAGAGAGUGCUACGUGUGAACAGGACGCUGUUCAUCGGGGACAGAGACAACCUGUACCAAGUAGAACUGGAGCCAUCCACGUCCACGGAGCUGCGGUAUCAGAGGAAACUUACCUGGCGCUCCAACCCCAGUGACAUCGAUGUGUGUCGGAUGAAGGGCAAGCAAGAGGGUGAGUGUCGGAACUUCGUCAAGGUGCUCCUGCUUCGUGACGAGUCCACGCUCUUCGUGUGCGGUUCCAAUGCGUUCAAUCCCAUCUGUGCUAAUUACAGUAUGGACACACUGCAGCUUCUGGGAGACAACAUCAGCGGCAUGGCCCGCUGCCCCUAUGACCCCAAGCACGCCAAUGUCGCCCUCUUCUCGGAUGGGAUGCUCUUCACGGCCACAGUGACUGACUUCCUGGCCAUCGACGCUGUCAUCUACCGCAGCCUUGGGGACCGGCCCACACUGCGCACAGUGAAGCAUGACUCUAAGUGGUUUAAAGAGCCGUACUUUGUGCACGCGGUGGAGUGGGGAAGCCACGUCUACUUCUUCUUCCGGGAGAUCGCCAUGGAGUUUAACUACCUGGAAAAGGUGGUGGUGUCCCGAGUGGCCCGUGUGUGCAAGAAUGACGUGGGUGGCUCCCCACGGGUGCUGGAGAAGCAGUGGACUUCCUUCCUGAAGGCCCGGCUCAACUGCUCGGUGCCUGGAGACUCACACUUCUACUUCAACGUACUGCAGGCUGUGACUGGUGUGGUGAGCCUGGGCGGUCGUCCGGUGAUCCUCGCUGUCUUCUCAACUCCUAGCAACAGCAUCCCCGGCUCGGCUGUCUGCGCCUUUGACAUGAACCAAGUGGCUGCUGUGUUUGAAGGCCGCUUCCGGGAGCAGAAGUCGCCUGAGUCCAUCUGGACACCAGUGCCUGAGGACCAAGUGCCCCGGCCCAGGCCCGGGUGCUGCGCAGCGCCUGGCAUGCAGUACAACGCAUCCAGUGCCCUCCCUGACGAGAUCCUCAACUUUGUAAAGACCCACCCACUGAUGGACGAGGCGGUACCCUCCCUCGGCCACUCACCUUGGAUCGUGAGAACUCUGAUGCGGCACCAGCUGACCCGAGUGGCUGUGGAUGUGGGUGCGGGUCCGUGGGGCAACCAGACAAUCGUCUUCCUUGGCUCCGAGGUUGGCACAGUCCUCAAAUUCCUUGUGAAGCCCAACGCCACUGUCUCAGGGACCACGGGGCCCAGCGUCUUUCUGGAGGAGUUUGAGACCUACCGGCCAGACAGGUGUGGACGACCCGGCAGCACUGGUGAGUGGGGGCAGCGACUUCUGAGCCUGGAGCUGGACACAGCCUCAGGCGGCCUGCUGGCGGCCUUUCCGCGCUGUGUGGUUCGCGUUCCCGUGGCCCGUUGCCAGCUGCACUCGGGGUGCAUGAAGAACUGUAUUGGCAGCCAGGAUCCAUACUGCGGGUGGACCCCCGGUGGGUCCUGCAUCUUCCUCAGACCAGGAACCAGUGCCACGUUUGAGCAAGAUGUGUCCGGGGCCAGCACCUCUGGCUUAGGUGACUGUACUGGACUCUUGCGCGCCAGCCUCUCUGAUGACCGCGCAGGGCUGGUGUCGGUGAACCUGCUGGUGACCUCCUCGGUGGCGGCGUUCGUGGUGGGUGCCGUGGUGUCCGGCUUCAGCGUGGGCUGGUUCGUGGGUCUCCGCGAGCGGCGGGAGCUGGCCCGGCGUAAGGAUAAGGAGGCCAUCCUGGCGCACGGCGGCGGCGAGGCAGUUCUGAGCGUGAGCCGCUUAGGCGAGCGCAGGGGGCCCGGGCCUGGGGGUCGUGGAGGAGCAGGCGGCGGUCCCGGGGGUCCCCCGGAGGCCCUGCUGGCCCCGCUCAUGCAGAAUGGCUGGACAAAGGCGGCACUGCUGCAUGGUGGCCCUCACGACCUGGACUCGGGGCUGCUGCCCACUCCAGAGCAGACGCCUCUACCCCAGAAACGCCUGCCCACGACACACCCACACGCCCACGCCCUGGGGCCGCGAGCCUGGGACCACAGCCACGCGCUGCUGUCGGCCUCCGCCUCCACCUCGUUGCUCCUACUGGCACCCGCCCGCGCCCCCGAGCAGCCCCCGGUGCCGGCCGAGCCGGGCCCGGAAUCUCGCCUCUGCGCCCCCAGAUCCUGCCGGGCCUCUCACCCAGGCGACUUCCCGCUCACGCCCCACCCCAGCCCGGACCGCCGGCGGGUAGUGUCCGCACCCACGGGCCCCUUGGACCCUUCGGUGGGCGACGGCCUGCCCGGGCCGUGGAGCCCACCUGCAACCAGCAGCCUGCGGAGGCCGGGUCCCCACGGGCCCCCCACGGCCGCCCUGCGGCGCACACACACAUUCAACAGCGGCGAAGCCCGGCCCGGGGGUCAUCGUCCUCGCCGCCACGCACCCGCGGACUCUACACACUUGCUGCCCUGCGGGACGGGCGAGCGGACUGCACCCCCGGUACCCUAGGCCAGGCGGAUGCCUCGAUGGUGCCAACCACAGCGACCCGGGCGCCAGCCCAGGUCACCGAGCCCUACUGGCGCCGAGUGGGGCGCGUUCGUUCCUCACCCACGCGCGUGGGGACCCCCUCGCCACAGGGAAGCACAAGAGCCCCCUCCAUCCCGGAGGAUGCAGGACACGAAGCCCCGGGGUGGGCGGGAGGAGGCUGCAUAGACCUGCGCAUAGACUUUGAUUUUUGUUUA